AUGCAGGAAUGCAGUGAACUUUUUGUUAAAAGUUUUACAGCGAAUGGAUAUUGCUGCACAUUCAAUUAUUUUCGUCCUGAUUCUGGCAAUGAAACCCUUGCCAAAAUCAAAUACCCAAACGACGUUGGUACACCAGCGGAACUCACUCUACUUUUAAAUACCUCCACAAAGGAUUACUUCCUAACGGAUCGCAGCUUUAUUGGUUACACAUUUCAAAUAUUUUACUUUGCCGACUUUCCUGACCCAACCAAUGGCGGUAGUGUUAAGGAAGCAUUUAUAUCUCCGGGUAGUGAUAUUGAAUUCCGUAUGAGUGCCUCUGUACAGACAGCCACAAGCGAGUUGGGUGUUUUUAAUGUUAAUCAAAGACGUUGCUUUCUAUAUGGUGAAGCAUUGAACGAAGACACCGUAAGAUACAGUUCAGACGAGUGCAUGACACACUGCAAGAUAUCAGGGGUGUUGCGCUUAUGCGGCUGCAUACCGUAUUACACGCCCGCAGACUUAUUUAAAGCGGACAACAGCAACAUAUCACACUGCACACUUGCGCAUUUAGAGUGUUUGGAGCGAAAAAAAGUCAUACUACAUACGUAUAGCCUCUACUCGCCUUUCGGCGAUGACAACGCUUCAAACCAAGCACUUGAUUGCAGAAAAUGUGUGCCCUUGUGUAAUUUUAAUACUUACACUUUACAUAAAGUGAUCGGCCCCCUUAAGGAGAAUUAUUUGUUACCGGCGAAUAGGAGAUUUCUUAAGAUGAUCCCCAAUGACCAACCAAGCGACAAAAAUUUUGAGUAUUCCUACGAAAACUUAGUGAGUUUAAUAAGAAAAUCUGAGGAUGUGAGCCUUGUAAAAUUAUAUUUCGACUCGAUGUAUGCUACGCAGUAUUCGAAACGUUCUCUUUACACUUGGUAUGAAAUGUUAUCAAAUAUUGGAGGAAUUUUAGGCAUUUUUAUAGGUUGCUCACUCAUAAGUGCAUUUGAAGUAUUCUAUAUUUUUGGCUUCAAGCUCAUCGCAAAGUUUCGCAAGCACUAUAAAGUUAAAUCAGGUCAAAAUAACCAAAUCAAAAUAAAAAUAAGUAUGUAAGUAAUACGCUUUAUCCCCAGUGUGCCCAACCGGGUACCGGUAUUGUAUCUAAUAGCUUUUUUUCCUGGAAUAAAUUUUUAAAACCCUCCCGGGUCCCCACAAAUUGAUUGAUUUUACA